UUCUUAUGAAAAAGCAUUAUAGAGUUAUAUAGAUUAAAAACUAACCUCAAAAGUGACUCAAAACUGCGAAAAAAAAAGUGUAAAGUAAAAAAUAGUUUCGUAAUUUAAUAGUUAUACUUGUAUUUUCCAUAUUUGUUAAUAUUUCCUCUCAAGAAAUGUUUACGACAAACAUAUUUUGCUUGGUGCACGAUGAAUGAAACGAUAUAGAAAGUGGCUACGUUUAGGAACGCAUUUAAAAUGAAGGUGUGAUAAAAAUAUUGUUCAAUUAUGGAUUCGCCUAAUGUUAAUGCUGGAAGCCUUACACAUAGUACUGAUGGAUUUUUGAACAUUCCUCUUGAAUCUGAUGCCCUGGGGACAAAGCGCAGAAGUUCAUCACGUACGAUAAAACGAAGAAAGUUUGACGACGAAUUAGUCGAGACAACUUUUAACCUUCAACCACCAACGCCAAAUCCAAAAUCAGCAUCAAGAUCACGAACAGUAUCAGUUUCCACAGGAUCAUUGGAUAUUGCUCCAUCUCCAAUUUUACCUAGUCCUGCACCAGUUACUACUCCGGUGCCUCAACCAGAGCGUAUUAGUCGAAGACCAAGUCGGCCAAGUGGGUCGUCUUCGUCAAGCGGAAGAAAAAGUAAAAAAAAUAAAAAUCAUUCACAUUCAGCUAAUGCUACCAAAGACCUCGGCAGAUGGAAACCUACCGACGAUUUAGCUCUAAUUACUGGAGUACAACAGACAAAUGAUUUGCGAAUGGUACACAGAGGAACAAAAUUUUCGUGUCGUUUCACUCUCCAGGAAAUUCAACAAAGAUGGUACGCAUUAUUAUACGAUAGUGCAGUUUCAAGAAUUGCUGUGCAAGCAAUGAGAAAUUUACAUUCGGAAUUAAUAUCAAGUGUACAAGCAAGAACAUUGUACAGUAAAAAUGAAGAAGAUAUUUUGGGUACAAUUAAAUCUACAUCACAACCAACAUUAGAAACAUUUCAAGGACUUCUUGAAGCAAAUGCUCAAAUUUUCUAUCCCGCGCGAACAGCUAAAGCAUUACUUGCUCAUUGGCAAUUAAUGAAGCAAUAUCAUUUAUUACCCGAUCAAACUGUUCACAAUUUACCGCGUGGUGAACAUAUUUUGAGUUUCUCCGAUGCCGAGGAUAUGAUUGUCGAUAAUGAAUUGACAGAUCAAAAAGAUGAGAUGAUCGAUAAUGAAAUGACAAUAGCUGAUAGGAAAAAUAAAAAGGAAAUUAGAAUGCUUGAAAAUGAACUUGGAAGAUGGCAAGUUCUUGUCGAUAAUGUCAGCGGUGUUAAUCCACCGGAUUUUGAUAAUCAGACACUCGCUAUUCUUCGGGGACGUUUAGUUCGUUAUCUCAUGAGAUCACGAGAAAUAACAGUGGGAAGAUCAACAAAAGAUCACAAUGUCGAUGUGGAUUUAACACUGGAGGGUCCAGCUUGGAAAAUUUCACGUCGUCAAGGGACAAUUCGUUUAAGAAAUAAUGGUGAUUUCUUCAUAUCGUCAGAAGGAAAACGGCCAAUUUUUGUAGACAGUAGACCAAUUCUCGCAGGCAACAAAAUGAAAUUAAAUCACAAUAGCGUUGUCGAGAUUGCUGGUCUUCGAUUUAUCUUUCUAAUCAAUCAGGAAUUAAUUUCUGUCAUACGACAAGAAGCGGUGAAAUUGAAUUUGAAUCCGUAAAAAAAUUAGUCAUUUGCAAAUGAACAAAACGCUUAAUUAAUGUACAAAACAUUCAAAAAAAAGAAACUCAUUUUUUUAUUUACUCCAAAAAGAACUUAAUGUUUGAAAAAAAUUUUCUUUUUUUUUUUUUGUUACAAUUAUUUAUAAAACAAUUAUUGUAUCUGUAAUUUGAUUCAUGUAAGUUUUUUUAUUAGAAAAGCGAGAAGAAAAAAUACAAGAGUAAUUUUUCAAUAAUAAA